AUGUCGGAUGAAAUUUUAAGCACCACGGACCAAAAUUUAACUAAUGGAAUGGACGAAACAAUAAUUAAUAGAAUACUUCAAAGGGAACAUAUUGUAGUUUACUCUCACAAUGAAUUUGAACGAUUUGAAGAGGUUGCGGCCGAAAGUUGGCAACACGAUGAUACUAAACGUCCAACUGUUGAACAAGUUUACAAAGAACUUAAUGAACUCGAUGUUGAUGAUGUGAUAACCGAAUACGAAAUUUUAAUGUCGAUACUUGAUAAUUUAACCAAAGAUAAUAUUGAAACUAAUGGAGAUAUUGCCGAUUCUUCGUACGUAUAUAAUGAAGAUUAUGGUGAAAGUUCUAAAUCUGCACAGAAUGGAACGAAGAGUAAUAUAGAAAUUGCUGACAUAGAUGACACCGAGGAUUCUAUUUUAUCUUCAUCGGAUAUUAAAAUUGAUGUGCCUCCGGAAGAAACCUUUGAGGAAAUAGAUUAUUAUAUUAAGAAAUUAUUUCAACACUAUGUUGACCAAUUCAAUAUGCAACAUCAUUCCGAACACGUGGCUUUAAUGGUUAGAAAAUAUAUGGAAAAAGCUGAUAAAAAUCCCACUAAAGUAUUUGCGCAAAUUCUUCAACAUCCAAGAUUUUCUUAUUUCACUAGUUUAGUGGGAUUUUUCUAUCGACACGGAGUUGUUGGUAAAUGUUUUAAGAAUGGUUAUGGAACGCAAAAAGAUAUUUUGAAAAUGUUUCAUUGGUUAACUAAAGCUAGAGAUAAUGGCGAACAAGAUGCAGAAGAUAUUCUUCAAGAUAUUAUUGAUCGAAUGAUUUAA